CGGCUUGACGAAGCUGCGGCGGCUCGGGGAGGGCGGCUGGAUGGAGCGGAGCGGGACCCGCGGCGCUCUGCUCGGCCAUGCCUGCGCGGGGGAGGAGGCAGCUGGCGCCGGGCACGGCGGGCUCGCCCCUCUGAGGCGGUAGCCGCUGCUUGCCGAGCGAGGGGACGGGACGGGACGCCGAGCCGGCUCCUGCCUCGCCUCCCUCCCUCCAUCCCGCCUGCCCCAGCCGCGUCCCGCGGGGGAUGCGCCCCGCUGCGCCGCUGCGGGUUUGCCAGCCGGCCCCGCCGGGGCUGCCCGCGGACUGACCGCGGCCGCUGAGGAGUUUCUUUACCCCAGUUUCAGGGUGCCGCUGCUCGGCACCGCGCCUCAGCCCGCCUGUUGCGGGGGAGCACAGCCUUCUCGCGGAGCCUUCUCGCUGCAGCAGCAGCCCUCAUUCCGAGGGAGGAGGUAUUACCCUGGCCGAAGACACUGCUUUCUCUCCAUGCUUCUCUAGAGGUGUUCAGAUGGGAUUAAAGUCCACAUGGAGCUAUGGAAAUGGACCAGGAAUUUACUCUAAAAAGAUGGUCAGCUGGGAUUUGGGUUGCCUUAUCUGCCUGGUGGUGGUCACCAUGGCUGGACUUUGCCUGGCUCGACCUUCGUUUAAUUUAGUUGUUGAAGACGCCACGCUGGAGCCUGAAGAGCCGCCAACCAAAUACCAAAUCUCUCAGCCCGAUGUGUAUUCAGCACUCCCCGGAGAGCCGCUUGAGUUGCGCUGUCAGUUGAAAGACGCCGUCAUGAUCAGUUGGACUAAGGAUGGGCUCCCUUUGGGGCCCGACAAUAGGACAGUCAUUAUUGGGGAGUACUUGCAAAUUAAGGAUGCUACAGCCAGAGAUUCGGGCCUCUAUGCUUGCACUGCUGUUAGGAGCCUAGACAGUGAUACUCUGUACUUCAUUGUAAAUGUUACAGAUGCCCUUUCUUCUGGGGAUGAUGAAGAUGACAAUGAUGGGUCCGAGGACUUUGUGAAUGACAGCAACCAGAUGAGGGCACCAUACUGGACACACACGGACAAAAUGGAGAAGAGGCUGCACGCGGUGCCCGCGGCGAACACCGUCAAGUUCCGGUGCCCUGCCAUGGGAAACCCAACACCAACCAUGAGGUGGCUGAAAAACGGGAAGGAGUUCAAGCAGGAGCAUCGUAUUGGGGGAUACAAGGUCCGCAACCAGCACUGGAGUCUCAUCAUGGAGAGCGUGGUCCCGUCCGACAAGGGGAACUACACCUGCAUAGUGGAGAACCAGUAUGGCUCCAUCAACCACACCUACCACCUGGAUGUUGUUGAGCGAUCGCCGCACAGGCCCAUCCUCCAGGCUGGCCUCCCAGCAAAUGCCUCUGCAGUCGUGGGAGGGGACGUGGAGUUCGUCUGCAAAGUCUACAGUGAUGCUCAGCCUCACAUUCAGUGGAUCAAACACGUGGAGAAGAAUGGCAGCAAAUAUGGACCAGAUGGGAGGCCGUAUCUGCAGGUUUUAAAGGCUGCCGGUGUUAACACCACGGACAAAGAGAUUGAGGUUCUCUAUAUACGGAAUGUAACUUUUGAGGAUGCUGGGGAGUAUACAUGCUUGGCGGGUAAUUCUAUUGGGAUAUCCUUUCACACUGCAUGGUUGACAGUUCUGCCAGCUCCAGAGAAGGAGAAAGAAUACCCAACCUCUCCAGACUACGUGGAGAUAGCCAUUUACUGCAUAGGGGUCUUCCUGAUCGCCUGCAUGGUGCUGACAGUCAUCGUGUGCCGCAUGAGGAACACCACCAAGAAGCCUGACUUCAGCAGCCAGCCGGCGGUCCACAAGCUGACAAAGCGAAUCCCUCUGCGCAGACAGGUAACAGUGUCUGCUGACUCGAGCUCCUCCAUGAACUCCAACACUCCUCUGGUGAGGAUCACCACUCGCCUCUCCUCUGCUGCUGAUGCCCCUAUGCUGGCAGGAGUCUCGGAGUAUGAGCUGCCAGAGGACCCAAAAUGGGAGUUUCCAAGAGAUAAGCUGACGCUGGGUAAGCCCCUGGGAGAAGGCUGCUUUGGGCAAGUCGUCAUGGCUGAAGCUGUGGGGAUUGACAAGGACAGGCCAAAAGAAGCAGUGACUGUGGCAGUGAAGAUGUUGAAAGAUGAUGCUACAGAAAAAGACCUGUCUGACCUGGUGUCGGAGAUGGAGAUGAUGAAGAUGAUUGGGAAGCAUAAAAACAUCAUCAAUCUUCUUGGAGCCUGUACCCAGGAUGGUCCCUUGUACGUGAUAGUGGAGUAUGCCUCCAAGGGAAACCUGCGGGAGUACCUGCGGGCGCGCCGGCCCCCGGGCAUGGAGUACUCCUUCGAUAUCAACAGGGUGCCAGAAGAGCAGAUGACCUUCAAGGACUUAGUGUCCUGCACCUACCAGCUGGCAAGAGGCAUGGAGUACCUGGCUUCACAAAAAUGUAUCCAUCGAGACUUGGCUGCAAGAAAUGUUUUGGUGACUGAGAAUAACGUCAUGAAAAUAGCAGACUUUGGUUUAGCCAGAGACAUCAACAAUAUAGACUAUUACAAAAAGACUACUAAUGGACGACUUCCAGUUAAGUGGAUGGCUCCAGAAGCUCUGUUUGACAGAGUUUACACACAUCAAAGUGAUGUCUGGUCAUUUGGUGUGCUAAUGUGGGAGAUCUUCACCUUAGGAGGAUCACCCUAUCCAGGAAUCCCAGUGGAGGAACUUUUUAAGCUGCUUAAAGAAGGGCACCGAAUGGAUAAACCUGCCAACUGCACCAACGAGCUCUACAUGAUGAUGAGGGACUGCUGGCAUGCUGUGCCUUCACAGAGACCGACUUUUAAACAGUUGGUAGAAGACUUGGAUCGGAUCCUCACUCUCACAACUAAUGAGGAGUAUCUGGACCUCAGUGGACCCCUGGAGCAGUAUUCCCCUAGCUACCCUGACACGAGGAGCUCUUGCUCGUCAGGGGAUGACUCUGUUUUCUCUCCCGAUCCAAUGCCUUAUGAACCUUGCCUUCCCAAGUACCAACACAUGAAUGGAAGUGUUAAAACAUGAAAAGAAAUCCUGCAGAGAGGAGUGAAGAGAGGAGAACGUCAAGCUACCUACCAGACACCACACAAAAGCUUUUCUCCAGGACCUUAGCGUUUCUGCUUGUACAUAUGAAAUGUGGGGAGGAACAAAACACCAAAACGAGCCCCAAACAAACAAAAGGAAAAGGCAAGAAAAUGAA